AUGAAACAAACUUCUCAAGAGGCUCAAUCCUCUAGUGCCUAUACUAAUCAAACUAUAAUUGCUACCAAAACAACACCAUCCACCACAUCGACUGCGUCCGUUGCAGCGACUGUUUCAACACCACCUCCACCCUUGGCUACAACAACUAUUACUCCAUAUUUUGUUGCUUUGCAGAUGCCUGCACCUGCAAUGACUCCUACAAUUGAGACAAUAACUAUUCAUAAUGUGGAUUCAGACUCAGACCAAGAGGAGGCUAAGCCAACACCAAAGAAGGUAGAACCUAGAAAGAGAAAAAUAAUGACUCCUUCUAGUGCAGAGAAAAGAAGGGACCAUGUCAUGCAAAAGGUGUCAGAACUUCCACAAGUAACUCCUACAAAUGUAGAUGAUCAGGGUCCACAGGAGCAACAAUAG